AUGGCGGAAAAACACCUACACUCUUCCGACCCGGAAUUGGCCGGCGUCCCUCCACGAUACAGCUCAUCCGAAAAGAAGAACGAUGCCUAUAUGGAGGGCGCCGCUGUCCUUGGUGGUGAAGAUGACGCGGCCAGGUAUGGCUACGUGAGCCGUGGGCUCAAGUCGCGUCACAUUCAGUUCAUUGCUCUCGGUGGAACCAUUGGUACCGGUCUCUUCCUCGGUAUCGGAAAGGCCUUCACCCAAGCCGGCCCUCUCUCCGUUCUCCUCGGUUAUACCUUUACCGGUGUCGCUAUCUUCGCUAUGAUGCAGUGUCUUGGUGAGAUGGCCACAUGGCUUCCUCUUCCCGGUGCUAUCCCUCAGUUCUGCGCUCGAUACGUCGACGAUGCUCUCGGUUUCGCUGUCGGUUGGAACAACUGGUACGCCGCCGCCAUCACCCUAUGCGCCGAAAUCUCUGCCGCCGCUCUCGUCAUUGGUUUCUGGGAAGGCGCUCAAAGCGUCAACGUCGCCGUCUGGAUCAGCAUUAUCUGGGUUGUCAUCAUUUUCCUCAACAUCUUUGCCGUCUCCCUCUACGGUGAAGCCGAGUUCUGGUUUGCGUCUUUGAAGAUUAUCACCAUCGUCGGCUUGCUCAUCAUGGCGUUCAUUGUCGAUCUCGGCGGAAACCCGCAUCACGAACGUCUCGGUUUCCGCUACUGGAAGCACCCAGGUGCUAUGAAAGAAUAUCCGUCUCAGGUGCACGGCGAUCUUGGACGCUUUUUGGGUCUCUUCUCCACCCUCGUCAACGCUGCCUUCUCCUAUGGUGGUGUCGAAAUGGUCGCCGUUGCCGCCGGUGAGGCCGAAAAUCCACGCAAGAACAUCCCCAAGGCCGUCCGUCGCGUCUUCUGGCGUAUCCUCUUCUUCUACGUCUUGGGUUCUCUCGCCAUUGGAGUCCUCGUGUCUUCCGAAGACCCGGGCCUUCUCAGCGCUCAGGCCUCAGGCCGCUCCGACGCUGCUGCCUCCCCCUGGGUUAUCGGCAUCAAGAACGCUGGCAUCUCCGUCCUGCCCUCCAUUAUCAACGCUGUUAUCUUGACUUCGGCCACCUCCUCCGGCAAUGCUUUCCUUUACUCCGGCUCUCGCUACCUCUAUGCUUUGGCGCAGAACCGUCAGGCCCCGCGCAUCUUCCUCACUUGCAGCAAGAAGGGUGUGCCCUACUACGCUGUUGCCGCCACGGCUAUUAUCGGCGCCCUCACUUACCUCUCUGUCGAUUCCAACGGCGGUGCCGCAAAGGCGUUCGGUUGGUUCCAGAACUUGACUACCAUCGCUAGUCUCUUCACCUGGUGCUCGGUUUGCAUCGCUUACCUCCGCUUCUACAAGGCGCUGAAGGCCCAGGGCAUCAACCGCGAUACCUUGGUCUUCAAGAGCAGGUUCCAACCUUACACGGCUUGGUUCGCGCUUAUCUACUUUGUUAUCAUCAUCAUCUUCAACGGGUUUGCUGUCUUCAUCAAGGGCAACUGGGAUGUUUCUGGCUUCAUCGCUGCCUACAUUGGCAUCCCCCUCUUCUUCCUCCUCUACGGUGGCUGGAAGAUUAUCAAGCGACCGAAAGUCAUAAAGCCGGUGGAGGCCGAUCUCACGACUGGAAAGGCAGCGCUUGAUGCGGAGGAUGAGCAUUGGCAGAGAGAGUAUAAGCCUCCUGUUACCAUAAUUGAGAAGAUUUGGGAUUGGUUGGUGUAA